GUUACUCCUGGCAGCUAUGGAGGUUUUAAGCUCCAACAAAGAAAAAUUAAAGAUAGGCUUCAUCGGCGCUGGCAAUAUGGCAUCUGCCAUCAUCGCUGCACUGCUGAAGAAAGGCGCCGUGGCACCGGAACAGCUCAUCGUCAGCGCCCGCACCGACACUCGCCUAGCGGAGCUACGGCAGCGCGGUAUCGCCACCACCACCGACAACGUGGCUCUGCUGAAGCAGUGCUCGGAUGGUGUGGUGUUUCUCUGCGUCAAGCCCCACGUGUGGCCCGCCAUAGCCCCUGCCCUCAUGUAUGGUGGUAGACGCGCUCUCUUCAUCUCUGUGAUGGCCGGUGUCUCCAUACAGAAACUUUCCCAACAGGCCUUUGGAGAGCGAAUUGACCUGUUCAGUCUGGUGCGGGCUAUGCCCAACACGCCCGCCCGCGUUGGCGAGGGCUGCUGUGUUUACGCGGUUGAGUCCGUCUUGUCGGCCGAGCGGAAAGCCCUCGCUGCGGCGCUGCUUGGCUGUCUGGGACUCGUGCGGGAGGUCCCUGAGCAGCAGAUAGACGCGGUCACGGCCCUGGCCGGCUCUGGUCCGGCCUACAUCUACGUCGCCAUCGAAGCCUUGGCCGACGGCGCCGUUAAAAUGGGACUGCCUCGAGAUCUAGCGCUAGCGCUCGCAGCACAGACCGUGCGCGGCGCUGCGACGAUGGUGCAGGAGACCGGCAAGCAUCCCGCGCAGCUCAAAGACGAGGUCUGCUCGCCCGGUGGCACCACCAUCGCCGGCAUUCACAAGCUGGAGGAACAUGGCUUCAGGAACGCUCUGAUCUGCGCGGUGGAGGGAGCAGCCUUGCGAGCCAAGGAACUGGGACAAGAAUGAGGUUGACGUGAAGCAUGUCAUGCAUAUGGAACCUCUGGAGCUCCGUGCAACUUUUUCGACAGCUUAUUCCUCUUAGCACCCAUUUCUCAUUGCCCGAAAAUCUAUGCUAUAUUUCAGAAUGUAGCUCUGGAUGCUUGGGUGUUUGUUUGU